AUGGCACCGGCACCCGACUCGACCGCAAUGAAACUCGUGGGCUGCAAGCACUUCCAGCAGUUCAAUCCACGCACCGACCGCUUCGACGUGCACCAGUUCCACCACGUCGAGUUCUACUGCGCCGACGCCACGAACGUCUCGCGGCGCUUCGCCUGGGGCCUCGGCCUGACGGCUGUGGGCAAGUCGGACCAGUCCACGGGCAACCACGUCUCGGCGAGCUACGUGGUCCAGAGCGGGGCCGUCAAACUCGUCUUCACGGCGCCGUACGCGCUCGAGACGGCUAAAGCACCGGACGCCGCGAGUCCCCUGCCCGGGUACGACCCCUCGUUCGCCCAGCAGUUUGUCUUGAAACACGGGUUAGCCGUACGGGCCGUGGGCAUUGAGGUCGACGACGCGGCGGUGGCCUACGACCUCUCGGUGCAACACGGCGGACGCGGUGUCCUGGAGCCCCAUACGCUCACGGACAACAAGUCGGGCGCGACGACCACAGUGUCGGAAGUAGAGCUCUACGGCGAUGUGGUCAUCCGGUGGGUCAGUGGCGACCUGAGCGGCGCCUUCGUGCCCGGCUACGACACGUGCGGGUGCCCCGACAACGGCAUUGGCAUCCAGCGCCUCGACCACUGCGUGGGCAAUGUGCCGCAGCUGCUCGAGGCCGUCAAGUACGUCGCGGGCUUCACGGGCUUCCACGAGUUUGCCGAGUUCACGGCCGACGACGUGGGCACACUGGACUCGGGUUUGAACAGCCUCGUGCUCGCGAGCAACAACGAGAUGGUGCUGCUGCCCAUGAACGAGCCGACGCACGGGACGAAGCGCAAGAGUCAGAUCCAGACGUACUUGGAGCAGAACGUCGGCGCGGGGCUGCAGCACAUGGCGCUCAAGACGAACGACAUUUUUCACACGCUGGCGGAGAUGCGGAAGCGGAGUCACAUGGGCGGCUUUGAGUUCAUGCCAAAGCCCAACAAGGUCUACUACGACCAGAUGCCAAAGCGCAUUGGCGACGCGCUGACGACGGAGCAGUACCAGCAGAUCGAACAGCUGGGGCUGCUGGUCGACAAGGACGAACAAGGCAUUCUGUUGCAAAUCUUCACCAAACCGCUGGGCGACCGCGCGACUGUCUUCUUCGAGAUCAUUGAGCGAGUUGGGUGCAUGCGGGAUAUCGCCGGGCGCCUCGAGCAAGCUGCGGGCUGCGGAGGCUUUGGCAAAGGCAACUUCUCGGCGCUGUUCAAGUCCAUUGAGGAGUACGAAAUGUCUCUGAAUGUCUAG